GUGGUUGACGUAUCGCCGAGGUGUCUGUUGCCGUAUUCCUUGCCCGCCACAUCCAGCAGUCAACAACAUCCCAACCAACCAACCUUCGCCCCUUCCCAACGGAGCGCUGUCUUGACUGCAAACAAGGGAAGCCUCUGCGAUUGCGCGCGCGUCUCUCCACACUUCUCACAUACAUACUGUAAAUUGUCAACUUUGGAAAAGUAUGUACGAGACGGACAGCAAGGCAACAAUGUCCCAACAGCCCACGGGCGCAGACGGCCAGCGACAGCAGCCGCCACGGCUGAAGCACAGAUGCUUCAUCGUCCGGCACGGCCAGAGCAUCGCGAACGUUCAGGGACUGAUCGUAUCGGACCCAGCUGUCGGAUGCCAUGACUUUGGAUUAAGCGAGGUCGGGGUUGAGCAGGCCCUUGAAGCAGGCCGCGCCCUCAAGACGCUGCUGACCCAAUCGGCCACCCCGGUCACGGCUCUCACAAUCCACACCUCCGACUUCCUCCGCACCCUCCAAACGGCCCACCACCUCGCGUCCGAACUCGUUCCCUUCCCCGUAACAGUCACGUCCACCCCGGCCCUCCGCGAACGAGCCUUUGGCGAUUAUAACCACACCUCGGUGGCCCACUACAAUGAUGUGUGGGCGCACGACGCCGCGCGUGUGUGUGAUGCCCAGACGGGUGUCGAGUCGCCUGAGGACGUGCGGCGGAGAGCGGUGGCGUUUGUGAUGCAGGCGGAUGAGGAUGCGGGGGAGGGGGAGGUGUGUGUUUUUGUCGGGCAUGGGGAUACAUUGCAGAUCUUGCAGACGGCGUUUGAGGGGAUCAGUGCGUGGGAUCAUCGGACGUUGCCGCCGUUGGGGACUGCGGAGGUUAGGGAGUUGCCCUAGAUGAAGGGUUGGGAUGCAGGUUAGAUGGAGAGAGACUGGCUGGCUGGGUAGAGGAUCACAGGCGAGCAUGAGUCGAGCUGAAGAGACGGUUGCAGAAGGAGGAGGAGGAGGAGAGAA